AUGAGGUCGGUGUCAGAAGAGCCAGUCCCAUUACAUGAAGAAUUUAUCUACUGUUGUGGAGCUGCUACCCAUGUCUUAAAGUGUGGGCCCUGGAAAGACCUCUCAAAAGAUGAAAGUAAAAAUCUACCCAGGCUCUUAUUCAUGAUUAUUCCUG